AUGAUAAAUAUAAUCAUUUUUUUUUCAUUUUUUGUAUCACUUAAUGGAUGCAUUUUUGGUGGUGGUGGAUGUGGUUGUGGAUGUUUACCUAAAAUACCACCUCCUGAAUUUCAAUGUGUUUCUAUUCCUGUACUUAAACUUUCAUUACCAACGUGUUCUACACCUUGUUGUCCACCUGGACCAUCAUUUAGUCCAUGUGGUAAAAGAAAGAAAAGAAAGAUAAGUUUUCUUGAAAAAAAUAAUGAUUGUACAGAUAAUUUGUUACGUCAAAUAAUUCACCAGAAUUUAAAAAAUGACACAAUAUUGUCUGUUUUUUUUAUAUCACAAGCUAUGAAAGAAUUUUAUGGAGAUAAUUAUACUUUUACUGUAAAUUGUGGUUUACGUGAAAAUUUUUAUUAUUCUACAACAACAAAAAAAUAUUGCUUUGAUGGAGAUGAAAAAAUACUUUGUGGUAUAUUGAGAUAUAAUUAA